AUGGAUUCAAUGGACAAUUGCAUCGAUUUAGGCCAAGCUCAGCUCCGUCGUGUCAAUGUCAAUUACCUAAGACAAGCUUAUAGCAAUCGAUGCGGCAUAGUCUGGUUUGAUGGUGAAUGCCUUUGGCAUAUGCAAAUUCGUCUUCAGAAUCAUCAGCUACAAGGUGAUCGUACUGCUGCUGUUAAUCUGGGACACUUCAGAGAUGUCUCAAGUAUAGCGUGGAGUAGACAUCCGGAUGGUAUAUUAGCCGUGACUCACGAAAGUAAAAUAUCCAUCUUCCAAUUCAGUGAAAGUGACAACGCAAGAGUGGAAAAAUUAAUACACGUUUUAACCACUGAUAUCUGUAAUGGUACCUCUGUCAGUAUCAAAGAGUGCCAUAUUAAUCUACCAAAUAAAAUCAACUCGCUUUCUAAAAUUACAUGGCUGGCUAGUGGACUGGCUUUAAUUUGUGCAAUCGGCGAUACGCUAGUAUUAUUCCGUUGGUCUAAUUCACCCAAUCAUGCUAUGAAAGAAUAUAUAAAAGAAACAAGAAAACUCGAAAAUCUCAGUGGCAAUAUUCGAUGUAUCUUACCUGUAAUUGAUGAUCAUCAUUUCAUUGUAUCUGCUGAAUUACCAUUGGAGAAAUUAUGCAUGUUGUCCCAAUCGGAUUAUUUCGAUGAAGAGAUGGCAUGUUCAAGUUCUUCUACUUUACGGGAAGAAAAUAAUUCGCAAUCUGACAUGAUCGACUUAACCCAUUUGCGUUCUGAUGGCCUUCCUAAGAAAGCGUGUGCUCAGAUAUCGCUAUUAUCAAUUCAUGGCGAUUCAUGCGAUCAAAUUAGCAGUAUCGAUGUUUUGGGAUUUAUUACCCCUGAUAUACUCGAUUAUAAUGACACUUCUAAAUCGAUCAUUCUGUCCAGUAAUUCCACCAACUUGCUGCACAUUUUUGCCAUAGUAAAAGAAAACAAUUCCUAUGCCAUUGCUAAGCGUAGCACUAUGGAACUUCUAAGUGAUUCAAGAGCGAAAGGAAUUUGUUUUAUAAGGGAGAAUAUCGGUUUAUUAUUAAUUGGACAAUUAGAAAAGGAUUUCCUAACCGAUUUUAUGUCGUUGAAAACGAUUGUAAAGUAUGAUCUCAAGUUAAAGACUGUACAGUUAAAUAAUGACGUGGAAGUGAGGCGCAGUAUGAAGGAAGAUUUGCUGAGGAGGUUGAUCGUCGAUAGUGGUAAUAGCUUCGAAGACAGUAUUUUUCCCGUUAUUAGAAAUCCAGCCAUAGAUACGUUGAUAACAGACAAUUUGCAAAACGCCAAUCUUAUGAAUUUCGUCUCCAAACCCUCCAACACGGAAUUAGACUAUAACAAUCCAAGCGAAAUACCAGCCAAUAUUGGUAAAUAUGAAAUCCUAACUAGCAUUUACCAUAUUGCAAAUAUAUUUAGUACUCUUCUCAAUGUAAUCGUUCCGCUGUCUUCAGAUAAACUGUUUGAAUGUAUGAAUAAACUAGAAUGCUUGAUUCAGACUCAGGCUGGCGAAGUUUCUCGUAUAGCCGAAGAAGUUAUUCAUCUGAGUAAGUUUAUAACAGAAAAGCCUAACAAAGUAGAAUUGAAUGCGUCAGUGAUACAAGUAACACUCCAGACGAAUGGGAAUGACGUGAGCAAGAAUUUUUUACUCAAUGAUGGCAUGUUGAAUGUGGCAGUUGUAGAGAAAGCUUUUGGUAUCACUAACAUGGAGAUCUUAAUUGGCAAUAAAUGGUGCAUUGUUUCACCUACGCCUGAUGGCUACAUACCUAUAAAAUAUUCAUCUAAUAGUGCAAUUACUAUUACUGGAUUCAUGGAGCACUAA